AUGUCAUCUCUAACCAAGUACCAGCGUGCCGAUUCGCAGGCAACCCUGGCUGAUUCAGCCGAUGCAGACACCAACGAGACAACAUCUCUGCUCAAGUCCGCCGCACAAUACACUCAGUACCAGCCGCAGUACCGCGGAAGGAAGCCGUACCGGAUAGUUGCCAAACAGGAGUUUGAGUGGCUCGCCGCGUCGUCGGUUCCAAUCGUGGCAACGUACUUUCUGCAGUUCAGCCUUGGUUUUGCAAACUUUGUUGCCAUCGGCAACAUUGGCGCCAAGGAGCUGGCUGCCACAUCGCUGGCAUACAUGGUCUCAGGUGUGUUUGCAUUGGCGCCGGCCCUUGGCUUUGCGUCGGCCAUGGAUACAUUCUGCUCGAGCGCCUUCACUGCCUCAACCGACAAGACCCUGGUGGGGCUGCAUUUCCAGCGCGGCGUGGUCGCAGUGGUCCUGCAUUUGAUCCCGGUCAGCAUCGUGUUUCUGAACAUGGAAUGGCUGAUGCUGAUGCUGGGCCAGGACCCCGAGAUUGCGAGGCUGUGCGGCGAGUACAUGCUGGUGUUUCUGCCGGGCGUGCUGCCAUGGGCGCUGUACGAGUGCACGAAGCGGUACUUGCAGGCGCAGGGCAUUAUGCGUGCCAGCACCAUCGUCAUCCUGGUUGCGGCCCCCAUCCACUGGGUCAACAGCUACCUGCUGAUUCUGUCGCCGACCUUUGGGAUCGGGUACCUUGGCGCGCCGCUGAACCUGACCAUUACGUUCUGGCUCAUGUUUCUGGGCAUUUGGGCGUAUGCCAGCAUGAAUGCCAAUGCACGCCAGUGCUGGGGCGGGUGGUCGCGCGAGUGCCUGCAUGGCUUGGGUGCCUUCUACAAGCUUGGGAUUCCGGCUGUGAUCACCACGUGCGGCGAGUGGUGGGCAUACGAGAGCCUGUCCCUGGCAGCCUCGUAUUUUGGCGCAGCGCAGUUGGCGGCGCAGGCAAUCAUCCUCAACAUCAUCUCGCUGUCGGGCCAGAUCCCGAGCGCCAUGGGCUUCACUGCCACCCCGCGUAUCGGAAACCUGCUGGGCGCCGGCAAAGCCAGACGUGCUCGCAUAUCGUCGCACAUCAUCACCAUCAUGACCAUCGUUGUGGGCACUGCCACCACGCUGUCGUUUGUGCUGGCGCGCGAGUGGUGGGGCAAUCUCUACAGCAGCGACCCCGAGGUCACCCAGGUGGUUAUUGACCUGAUGCCUGUGGCCGGCAUCUUCCUCACCUGCAACGGGCUGAACCAGGUCUUCGGCGCGAUCCUGCGCGGGCUGGGCCGCCAGAAGCUCGGCGCGUGCAUCAUUGUGCCGUCGUUCAAUCUGAUCGGGCUGCCGCUGAGCCUGUACUUUGCCUACGGUCCGCUGGACAUGAAGGUGGUGGGGCUGUGGUGGGGCACGUGCAUCGGCACUGUCAUCUCGGCUGUGGUGCAGCUCUACUUUAUCAUCUACCGCACCGACUGGGACAAGGAGGUUGAGCGCUGCAUCCGGCGUUUGGUCAUCUCGGGACCGUCCACCGCGCAGCCUGAUUCUACCGCACCGAAUUCCGAUAGCGAGCAGUACAAUGGCUCUCGCUCACCAGGCUACGGCUCGUUGGUGUGA